AUGCCAGAUUUGUUUCGUGUAGAUAGCUUCUUUCGGUUUCAUGGGAAACUUAUUUCCAAUCCUAUCAGAGCCAGUUCGGACAUUUUACGAGAGAAUGGGUCGCUCUUACAGGCAUGUAUCUCAACUAAAAUUCCACCAGAAUCGUCAACUUGCCCAGGAAUUGAGACUGUAUACAGGGAAACGGUACGAUCCCAUUCUUCUUCUUUCUUACUUGGUGGAAGGGCUUCAGAAGAGACUCAGAGUACUAGUGAGCCAAAUGCAUGCAAAUUCAAUCUGCCUGAGAGCAGUUUUUCUAAAGAUAAAGUUGAUACGGCAACCGAACAGACAUUGGGCGAGAUUGACACUAAUUCAAUAAGUUGCUUCAUUCAUUCCACUGGCAAGUCGACGGCUUUUGGUCCCUUGACGGUAUGCCCUCCGAUAACUUCAGCAGAGCUGCUAGACAGUCAAUCUGGGCGAUUAUUCUCAAUGAGCAGACCUGUAGGUCAACCUGUCAACCGGGUCACACCUGUUAAGCUUCAGCCACCCAUUGUUCCAGCAACAGUGGCACACCGCCAGAAGCCCUCUGUGUGCUUCACUACCAGCACAUUUGAUAUACCUCCGAUUAAAAAUAAAGCAUACUCAAAGUUUCCCAAGACCUUACAUAUGUUGAAGAAUAUAUCUAUGCCAUCACCAAGACGUAGGCACCAUGUGUAUUCACUAUUUAGUUCUCACAGAUCAGAAUCAGGCUCAUGUUCCCCGCGUAUACGACCUAAAUCCAAAUCAUAUAUCUUAUCAGAGAUCAAACCUACUCAAUCAUCUGAAGCCACACAUAAGGUUGAUCUCUUAGCAAACAAGACACCAAAGAUACUGCCACGCCUUUAUGUACCAAAAAAUGAAACAGCUGUGGUCAAGCCUAGUUCAAAAUCCCUAAAAUCCGACCGAAUGGAUCUGUUGUCCAUCAAGGGCAACACUGAUAAGUUGUCUGGUUCCUUGCUUAAACCAGGCCUUUCGAAGGCGAAGAUACAGAAUCAUCACUCAGGACAUUUGGAGGUCAGUGAAAAGCCCUACACUGAGAAGGGUUCUGUAUUUGUUUCCAUUUGGGGGAGUAAUAGCGCGACGCAAGGGCUGAUGAAGUCUCUGCAUCCUUUAGAACCGUGUUCAAAAGCUGUUGAUAUUACCAAGACUUCUAUUCAGAAAAAGAAUAUUGACGCUAUUAGCGCUUCUAUCGGUACCAAAGAUAGUUCUUUUCACCACAUUGCGGGGAUUACUCCUUCGGAACGCAUUGCGUUAUCUUAUAAAAGACAAGAGUCAUCUCAAAUUCUGCCAAACUUGAUUAUGCGUAUUGAGGGAGGUGACAUUCGUGCGCCACAGAAGGACUUGCGGCACGAAACUGGCCCAUUGACCUCUUCAUUUAAGAUGAGAACCUUACACACGGACAGGCAACAGUUAAAUAACUUGUUAGAUUCAAACCCCAUAGCAACCGAUAUAAUGACUACUCCUUCUAAAAAGGUAGAAAGACAGGAAACUCUACUUUGCCACAAAGCUAUUUUACCCAGAUGUCAACAAGUGGUGGGACUCCCUCAAAUUUCACUGUCCGGUGUCUAUAGCACCAAAGAAGGCAUGACUCACUCACUGGCAUCUACGGAAAAAGUUCAACAAUCAAGGAUUUAUUCCUCAUUCAGAGCCUCAGAAAGAGAAUCGCCCUUCGAUUCUUCUCUGGCCCUGGCAUCUCUUUCGGAACCCAUCAACUCUACGUCACAGGCGCAUAACCAUCAGAGCACCCUGCGAUUAUGGAUGAAUCAGUUUAAGAACGGGGGGUACUACUGGGAUAGCCACUCAAAAUAUGAUUUACCCGAUGAUGAAAAUACAAGUAACCUUAUUCAAGGUGCACAGCUGACGACCUCUUUACCACCAUUGAAGUCGUCGAAGUCUGACGCCCAAAUAUUACAUGAGCGCAAUGUGCGUGUAGUGGCACUUCUGGCUCGUCUGAAGAAAAAAAUGCCUGAAAAAUUACACAAGUCACUGUUCAAUGCUGAGGAAAAAAAUACAACACGGCAUGAACCAUUUUUUUUGCCUUCACAGAAUGUCCCUUGUGUUCACAAAGAGCAACCUCUACCUCAGGAAGGGUGUGCCCAAGUACGCGAGGCCCUAUCUCACUCUCUUGCUGAUAAUAUGACCUCUGCUUCAGACAACAAAUUUAUCCACCAGGCGAGUACUCUUAGACAAACUGGUGUCCAUGUUUCCUCGAUGCUGGUGCUUGUUAUUCAACAUAACAAUCAGACUGAGACAAGCUCUCAAUAUGACAGUAAUAGCAGUGAUGAUCAGUCUGGUAGAGAACUCAAAAAAAGAUCAAAUUUAGCAGCCAAUGUGAGAAUCACUUUAAAGGACAAUUACACUCUGAAAGUGUGCAUCCCUUGGGAGCAUCCCAACUUUUUCAGUGUCGACGAGCUUGUGCAAGACACGGGGAAACUGAAACAUCUACAUUCUUCUACUAUAUCUAAUGCGAUAGAGUACAUUUUUGCUGGUGCUAAUGUAUCUAUUCUAUUGUCUUCUACAGAAAAAGCCAAAUCUUGUUCCUUGACAUUAGUGCAGCACGUGUUUGAAUCCUUGGUGAAGCGCAUUCCCCCCAACGCAGCAUUGUCGUGGUCAAUAUGCACCAUGCAUAACGGCCAGAUCAAUCAUUUCAAUCAUAAGGAAACAAAUACAAACACCUACCCAUAUUUAAAAUCAAGCGUGAAGAACCAUUUACCCUGGAUAGCUUUCCAUGCAGAAGUGUUGAAAGGUAUGUCUUUGGAAGGUGCGAAGUGGAUGCAAGUCAAGGACAUUUCUCAGAUAUCUGGGAAACUUUCCAGUACUUAUCAGCAAGUGGAACUUCAUAAAAUGGGUGACCUUUCCAUGCUCAUAAUUUCUUUGGUCCUGAGGCAGGUUAUCAAAGAUAAAGGCAAUGAGACCUUUUCUUCGCUUCUCUUUGUGGAUGCCGGGAUCAAUUGUGAAAUUCUUGACGAUGCCUUGCAUUCCUUAGAUCCAGGUCCUUAUGGUCCACUUCAAAAUAUCCUCUGCAGAUGUACUUUUACUGUGGCCGCAUUUUCGAUAAGUGAUGCAGAUAGCGAUCAUGCUUUAAGAUUGCUUAAUACACAGCGCAGACUAUGUAACAUUGAGGGCUCCGAUACGCACAUGAAACGUACAAAAUCACUGUUAAAAUACUCACCAGAAGAGCUGAUUGACACUGAGAGCCAAAACACACAUAAAAAUAUAGAUAUCCUUACCAUGAAGCCACUCACUCAUCUCAAGAAAUUAAAGGUGCAGCAUUACUUAAUGUCGACUCAAGUUCCAUUAUCUCGUUCAUGCUCCGUUUCAGCAUUUGAGAAUGAAAAGCUAAGAAAGAACUCGAAUACUGUAAAUGCCACUGCCAACUUGUAUUGCGGUGCAGAUUCUAUACAAAAGUUCAGCUGUGUUUCGAACUCGAUAGGGGUUAUCCUCCAGAGCCAAAAACAGAAUACUGGAGAAGUUAAUCCACUACUUUUAUCCGCGUCCUGCCGUCGUAGUGGGAAGAGCAGCGUCAGUCUUAUCUUUGAUCGUCCUGAUGCAUCGGAAUCCUCGACGAACCCUGGCGGUGAUCGUCGAUUUCUUCCAGGGGCCACUUCAAUAGGACCGAAUGGCGGACCAGUAUGGUCAAACUUGUCUGGUAAUAUCAUGCCACACACACGUAUAUCGAAUGGUGCGGAAGAAUCCGCUACAUCUGGAGCUGAUCCGGAAAGCGUCUUGAGCAAGGAUGAUGAUCGUUCUAGCCUUCAGAGCGGCACCAAAGGUGUUAAAAUUAAGGGCAAGGUACCCUCGUUUCAGGGGACCACCGACACUAUGCGACAUGUCCCAGCCUCUACCAAUGUUCGCACUCUGGUUAUUCUGGACUCACACCGUGGCGAAUUGUCGGAUAUUACGUACAAUGACAACGUUGUCUUCGUGACGGCCGAAGAUGACAUUGAGGAUUAUGAAAUGGAUGAGGUAAUUGAGGCGCCGCUGAGGCAGGACCUGAAGCACAUACAAUCGGGGAUUCUCCAACAGCUAUCUGAAACGAUUUGCCGAGGCUGCAACGCGGCUCUACUUUGUGGAGUUAGUCGUGCUUUUCAUGUACCGCCACUAGCUUUAAGUAGCGUCGUGCACUCCAUAUUUGGCAAGCUUAAAAAUGAUGGUAAAGUAAAGAAUAAUGACGGUAUGUGUGGUGGUCUCACUGUAUCCAUAGUGGAUAUUAAGGGAGAGAUGGUAGUGGAUCUUCUAAAGCCCAAUGCCGAACCGCAAAAACUAGUUGUUGCUAUUUCUCCUAUCUUUGGUUCUUGCGUACACGGUGUACACUAUAAACCUGUGGAGGAUUCACACAGUUUCGAACAGAUCCUCAACAGUGCCUUAUCGCAGCUGAGUCUCCUGAGGAACGGGAAGGAUCAUCGAUUUGUCUUCUGCUCUCUUAUUUUUAAGUUUAAACACCCAGAACAGAACGAUGUACUGGUCUGUUCACUCGUGGCGAGUUUAGCACAGCAAAAUGUGGGGCUCUACCGCUCCGUUCUUGAGUGCAACCCCCUUGUACCUCGUGCACUGUUUCAUUACGCAUUGGGUGGGCCCUGUUUUACUGUUGUUCUCAUCGGUAUUGGUGGCAACGAAAAACGAGUCAAAAAGAUGCUCGAUAUCGAAAAGGACCUCCGAAAGGUCAAAAACAGGGCGACUCAUCCUGGGAGCAUCCUCCAGUUUGUUAGCAGUGUCCGCGAAGGUCUCGUUCCAACCCUUGCUGAGAAGCUAAAACAAGCUAUUAGUGAAGAAGAACGGGCUGCCACCUCCAAAGUGAUGCGCCGAGUGGAAGAAAUGAUCAACGACGCGGAGACACUUCUCAAGGACUUUGAUCAUGAACAGCCGAAGGCGUAUCUCUAUGAAGAUGACAACGAACAUCAUGUGGCGACCACUGCUGACACUACCACGAGCAGGUUCCCUACAAAGAUACAGCACACUGUCGAUUUACUACACCGCCACUCUAUAUGCUCUGAGGUGGGCAAUACGACAUCCAGGCACCAACAACUCAUUCGUUUUCCCGAACGCUACUGUAGCCAUGUAGGAUUGUCCAUACAUGGCUCAAAAUUGAAAGAAAUGAAGGAGCCGUGUAUGGGCAAUCGUAUCAAGUCUCUCGUGUGCUUUGACAAGCGUCUUCUUGGUGGAGGCUCGACUGCUGUAGAAGGGAAUAGUGUUCUUGUAUCCACUAAAAAAGGUGCAUGCCGCUUCGAUGUUGAUGAGGUCAUCGUGCGCGAUGGUAAUGAUCAACCUAUCCCCAAUUCUGAGCUUGUAAGUCAAAUGGUGAAGAAGUUUGUCGGUGGGUGUGAUACAGGCUUGGUUGCUGCGGACAGCGAAAGCUGCGCUUUUACUUUGCUUAUCCUACACAAAGUUGUUUGUGAUGUUUUGAUUAGCAUUGAGGAGAGAAGAAGUGGGGGUGAUUUUCGUUAUUUAUCGCAAUUUGGUUCUGAAGCAUCCGUUAACUCUUUGAGGACAGUUAAAGGGGAGUUACAAGUGUCUAUGUCACUUAUCAAGGAUGGGACUGCAACCGAUUUACUAUGUGACAAAGCUAGUGUGCCCUUUCAUAAAUUCAAAAUGGACUAUUCUGUAAUUUUUGGCCCUCUUAUUAAGGACAUCACAAUGCAUUCGGUAAGAACAUCUGAGGAGUUUGAUCAAUUUUUUAGUGUUGCUAUUGAUAAUGCAGACCCAACGCUACAGACGGAGGACCCAGGUGUCAUGGUUAUUUCUUUAAUUCUUACGAACUAUGUUAAUGAAUUCGAUAAGGACGAUAUAUUUGUAUCGACAUUUACUGCUACCACUGUGUUUGAUGCUGUAAAUCACUAUACUAGUGUAUUAGACGAUAGUGCACGUGAACUGCUCGAACUAUUUCGAAAGCCAAUUGGUGGUGUUUCGCACACCAUCGCACUUGUUGGAAUUAGUGAUGAGGACAAAGACACCCACAAGUUUCUGACUGUUCUUGAUAUGCUUGCGCGAAUUGUGAACCUUUCAUCAGAGCCAAACAGUAUGAACAAGCUAAUGCAAGAUAUUCAAUUGAAUAUAUCCAAAUUAAUGGAAUGCACCUCAACAUUGAAGAACUCAGAGGAGGUGGAUCACAUCAAAAAAUGGAUGCAAAUUCUUGAACUAGCGUUUAAUGAUGUGAAGGAGUUUGUUCAGCAUCGAUGGCCUCAGGCACGUUUAGCCGCUCUUGCACUUCCACCCUAA